AUGGCCAUGGGUGCUGCACACGGUCUGAUGGUGGGGCAGGCAAUUUUUUUCCCAUCUGCCCUUUGCUUACACUCUGUCAGACCGCCAAAGCCUUUAGGACUGCCGAGACCGACAGCCGCAGACGCGAAAAUUGAGUGCCGUGAUGACUCAGACCGCCUCGUAUGCUGCACUACAUCGUACGGGCAGGACGUAGAUUUGCCCGAACGCGACCACACGGUCGUGCCAGCCCAACGCAGCCGGUUUUCAAAUGUCGCCUUAAUCGAUUGA